CACUGGGUGUUGUAUGGAAACCAAUUUGACAAUAAAUUUCGUAUUAAAAAUAAAGAAAGAAGAGUUUAAGGAAGAAUGUGGGACAAAGGUCAGUGGAACCAAGCAGGUGAGCAGUAAAGGUCAGCUCUUGGGGUCUAGCUGGUGACAGUCUCAGAACUCAGAGGUGGAAAUAGGCCAGGCAGAGAUACGGGGGGGUGGGGGAGAUAAAGUUUAGCCUCCACCUUCCUGCCCAGAACAAGGCCCUUUUCAGAAGGGCAGUGGACUGGGAAUCAGGAGGCCGGGAUUCCAGGCUGAGUGACCUUGGACAGGUUAUUUCUUGCAGACAUCAGUUUCCUCACACACAAAGUGUAGGUGGAAAACUGCCGUGCUGGUUAAACAAAAAUGGUAGGAACAUCCAUUCUUGGAAAUACCGUGUAGUUGUUAGAACGAGGAGAGCCCUCGUGAACCGAUACGGAGAGAUCUCCAAGAUGGAUUCCGUGAAAGAGAAAGGGCGGAAUAGCGGAUAGUGUGUACCUGAAGUGUAAAGAGGGGACGAGGACAAAAACAUAUGUGUCUCUGCAUGAAGGAGCUCCAGAAGUUGCUGAGCGACCACGGGUGGGUGGUUCGUGUCGGGGGAGGGCCGGGAGAUGGGGGCUCAGGAAGGGGCCUCUUCAUAUGGAUGUGGAUGUUGUUUCACGUAUUAACGAUGAGAUCGAAUUACUGAUUUUUUUUAAAGAAAAAAAAAAUGAAAGGAAACCUCAGCCUCUGUCUUUAUGGAGUCACAAGUGAAAGCAGGGCUGCAGACACACACUCUCAUCUAUCCGUCUUAGCAUUCCACUGAUGCCAGGGGUCCCCAGGGCACAGGAGGAAAAUCCCCAGCUUCCUUCCAAGGCCCACUGCAGUAUGGCUUAGUCAGGAAGUUCCUUCUUAGGUCUGACUUCAUUGCCUCCUGAUGAGACAGCUAACACUGCCUCCCUAGUUCCAAGUAGCUAUGAAUACGAAUCCCCAGCUCCCCCUGCGUAAAUCUCAGCCCUACAUUCUCUCCCCCUGAGAACUUGGAAUGGUUUGCGAUUACUUGGUGGGUGACAGGCCCACUGGUCCUUGUAACCAGCCUGGGAAGGUGAGAUACAAUGGGAAGAAAAAGGCCCGAGAGAAGCUUGCUGCCCUACUUCUCCUCAUUCUCUCCUGUGCACAGUCGUCUCCCCUUGUGUUCACCUGCCCCGUGUCUUCCCCCCGCCACACACACACACACACACACACACACAGAAGAGCAACUCUGGAUCUCCCUCCUAGGCCCUUCCUUCAUGGCCUCAUCCUCUCCCUGGUCCUCCCAGGUGAGUGCCCACGCCUGCUGUCACCAUGACGACCAUUCACCACGAGCAGAUGCUGCAGGAGCACGUGUCCAUGGAGUUCUCCAGCUCCACCACCCACGUGCAGACCUUCUCCCAGACAACCAGGAUCGUGGGAGAGGAAGUCGUGACAAGGAAGUCCUCGAGCACUGUAGAGUUCUUCAGCUUGGUGACUCGGAGUACUGACAUCCCUGCAGGCGAGAGCGUCCCCGAGUUCGUGGAGAAGCCUCACCCGGUCACCGCGCCCGAGGGGGAUAAAGCUGUGUUCCGAGCCCGGGUGCAGGGGAACCCCAAACCCAACAUCUCCUGGAAGAGGGAGAGCGGCAUCCCCAUCAAGGAGUCGGCCAAGAUGUUCUACGACAGCAUCAACAAGGAGCACGUGCUGAAGCUGGAGCCACUGACCUCCGAUGACUCUGACAACUACAAGUGCAUUGCAAGCAAUGACCAUGCAGAUGCCAUCUACACUGUGUCCUUGCUGGUGACAGAAGGUCAUGAAAAAAUGGAUUUCAAAAAGAUGUUGAAGAAGAGGGGACUCCCUGCUCCCAAGAAGAAGCAGAAGAAGGGGAUAGGUGAGAAAGAGAUGCUGGAGAUUUUGUCCAAGGUACCCAAGAAGGACUUUGAGAAGGUCUGCAUGGAGUAUGGUUUCACUGAUUUCCGGGGGCUGCUCAAGAAGCUCAAAGAGAUGAAGAAAGUGGAGGUGGAGACCAUCCGGAUUCUGAAGCCCCUGGAAGACAUAGAGACCAAGAUUGACACCACUGUGGUCUUUGAGUGCAUCAUGGAGCUGAAGGACCCCAAUGUCAAGAUGAUAUGGAUGAAGGAUAAUGAGCCACUGAGGAUCCAGUACUCCCUAGGCAAGUAUGAUGUGAAGCAGAUAGGCACCAAGUACAUGCUGGUUAUUACCAAUGUGAACAUGAACGACGCAGGAACCUACAGCCUGUCCGUGGGUGACAAGAAGAUGAGAGCAGAGCUCACAGUGCUGGAUGAGCCGCUGAAGUUCUUGGGAGAGAUGACACCAAUGAAGGUGACAGAGCGCCAGACAGCUGUUUUUGAGAUCCGCCUCUCCAAGAAAGUGCCCAACUUUGUGUGGAAGUUCAACGGGAAGGAGCUGAAGAGGGAUGAAAAGUAUGAAAUCACAGUGUCUGAGGAUGGUCUGACCCACACACUUAAGAUUAAGGAUGCCAGACUCAGCGAUGCCGGCGAGUUCUCUGCUGAGGCGGGGGACCUGGUACAGAAAGCCCAGCUCACUAUUGACCGCAUCCCCAUCAAGUUUGUGAGAACCCUAAAGAACGUACGUGUGAAAGAGAGGAGCCGUGCAUGCCUUGAGUGUGAGCUGACCUCCAAGGACGUGACGCUGUACUGGAAGAAGGAUGGGCGGCUGCUGGAGCGCAGCACCAAGUACAGCAUGAGCCAUGAGGGCAAGCGAGCAGAGCUGGUCAUUGAGGACGCACAGCUCAGUGACAGUGGCGAGUACACCGUGGUGGCCAUGCAGGACGGAGACCCCACUGAAUACUACAGUACUGCUGUGGUCACCGUGGAGGAGCGUCUGGCCACGGUGAAGAGCGGGAUGUCCGACGUGCAUGCGGCCACCGGGAGCCCAGCUGAACUGUGCGUGGUGCUGAACGACGAGAAGGUGGAGGGCGUGUGGCUCAAGGAUGGCAAGGAGAUCACGGACUUGCCCGGCGUGCAGAUCGUGAAGCAGGGUGCAGUGCACAAGCUCAUCUUCCCCAAUAUGGGCCCGGAGCACGAGGGCAAGUACACCUUCCGGGCCAAGGGCGCAGAGAGCGAGGCCUCCGUAUUCAUUGCAGAUCCACCUACCAUCGACCCGUCGGUGCUGGAGGCGCUGGCCGCGCACCCCGUGACUGUGAAGGUGGGCCACACGGCAAACAUCAAGGUGCCCUUCCGGGCGAAGCCGCUGCCCAAAGUGACGUGGUACAAGGACGGCAUGGAGGUGACAGAAGAGGAACGUGUGUCCAUGGAGCGCGGGGAAGACCAGGCGCUGCUCACCAUCUCCAACUGCGUGCGUGAGGACAGUGGCCUCGUUCUGCUCAAGCUCAAGAAUGACUACGGCACAGCCACAGCCACUCUGCACCUCAGCGUGCUGGACCGUCCGAAACCUCCCCAGGGCCGGGUGGAAUUUCUGGAACUCUCGGGUAAUUGUGUGCACAUGAAGUGGAAGGCCCCCAAAGACAACGGUGGGCGGCCUGUGACCCAGUUCAUAGUGGAACGGAGGAUGGUCGGCAAGAAGUCCUGGAUUAAGAUAGGCGAGGUGGACAGCAAACUCACGAAAUUUGCCACCAACAAGGUAGAAGAGGGAAAAGCCUACCAGUUUCGCAUCCUGGCGGUUAAUUCAGAAGGAGUGAGCGACCCUCUGGAAACAGAUGAAGUGUUUGCAGGAAAUCCCAUUGAGCCCCCUGGUCUUGCCUCCCAGCCUCAAGUGACUGAUGUGACCAAAGACAGCAUGACCAUCACAUGGAAUGCCCCUACCCAGGAUGGGGGAGCCCCAGUGCUCGGCUACAUUGUGGAGCGGAGGAAGAAAGGCAGUAGCCUCUGGGUGCCGGUCAACAAGGAGCCCAUCCAAGAUACCAAGUGCACUGUGGAUGGUCUCCUGGAAGACACAGAAUAUGAAUUCCGAGUUAUAGCUGUGAAUAAGGCAGGCCCUGGACAGCCCAGUAUGGCAUCCAACUCAGUGGUAGCCAAGGACCCUGUCAAGCCCCCAGGCCUGGUGCAGGGUCUGCACGUGUCUGAUUCCUCCAACUCCAGUAUCUCCCUGGCCUGGCGGGAGCCUGCAGAGGGAGACCCACCUUCUGGCUACAUCCUUGAGAUGCGGGCUGAAGACACUAAGGAGUGGUCCAAGUGCACAAAGAUCCCCAUCUCAGGCACCUGCUACACAGUGGGAGGCCUCACCGAGAGGCAGAAAUACUUCUUCCGAAUCCGGGCUGUGAAUGAGGCUGGGGUUGGGGAGCCUGUGGAACUGGAUGAGGGGGUUCGUGCCAUGCCACCACCAGCUGCCCCCAAGUUUGACCUCAGUGCGCGACUGAAGAGUCACAUGGUGGUUCGUGCUGGGACAGCCCUCUGCAUCCAUGCUGCCUUCUCUGGCUCACCACCACCUAACGUGAUCUGGCAGAAAGACGGCAUCCCCACCAAGGGCAAAGAAACCAUCACCAAGGGCAAAAACCAUUCUCAGUUCCUCAUCAACAGCACCAAGCGCUCUGAUUCAGGGGUGUACCGCAUCUUGCUCCAGAAUGAGUUUGGAGAGGCAUCCUAUGACAUCCACGUGCGUGUGGCAGAUUUUCCGCGGCCGCCCACAAACCUACAGCUGUUUGAGGAGGUCCCCAACACGGUGACUCUGACCUGGAACCACAGCCCUGACGUGCAGGAGGAUAGUGAGGCCCACUACGUCAUCAUGAAGCGGGAUGCCAGCAGCCCCACCUGGUUCACAGCAGCGGAGCGCGUCUUCAGCAACAAGUACACGGUGACCGGGUUACUCCCUGGCAGGAAGUACUACUUCCGAGUAGUGGCCCGGAACGAAAUCGGUGACAGUGACCCACUCGACUCCAAGGAUACCUGGCUCAUCGUCAAGGACAAGAUCGAGGACCUGAGCGCCAAGCUGAAGCCGUAUGAGCAGAAGGACUGGCGCCACGCACCGCGCUUCCUGAUCCCGCUCAAGCCGCACACGGUGCUGCGCGGCCAGGACUGCACCAUGACGUGCGCCUUCCUUGGGAACCCGCGGCCCACGGUGACCCUCUACAAGGGCGACGUCAACAUCACGGCCAACUCCAAGUUCUGGUACAAUUCCACCAGCGGGGUGUGCACGAUCGUCAUCCCCACCUGCACGCUCAAGGACAGCGGGGAGUACAGCGUGCUGGUGGAGAACGAGCUGGGCAAGGACCGCAGCAGCUGCGCGCUCACGGUCUACGACAAGGAUGACAAGUCAAUUCUAGCGUCAGUCACCGAGAGUCUGCAGAAGAAGUCCAAGCACCUUAUGUGAUCUCCGGCCCAGCCCAGGCAUCAGGAGGAUGUUGUUAUAGGUGGUUUCUGGGCCUGUCCUGUGUGUGUCCCCAGUGACGGCGGCCCAGUUCGCUCCCUGGUGCUUGUCAGUGAAGUCAUGGGACAAUAAAGUGACUAAGCUCA